CCCGCGGCCAUGGCCACGCCGGCAGGGAUCCAUCCGUCAGCCCGGAGCGGGACCCGAUGCGGUCGCGGUGGGGCCAAGAGCGUCGGGACUCUGCUGCUGACGGCGUGGCUAUGGGGCGCAUCCAAUGAGAGCCCGGCGGGGUCCCUUCGCUUGGAGGGAGGUCCCAGCCGCUGCGCUGGGCGCGUGGAGGUGCUGCACAACGGCACCUGGGGCACGGUGUGCGACGACGGAUGGGGCUUCGGCGAGGGCCAGGUCGUGUGCCGGGAGCUGGGCUGCGGGACGGUGCUGUCGGUGGCGCCGGGAUCUCGCUAUGGGGAAGGGAAGGGGCCGAUCUGGUUGGAUGAAGUCAACUGCACCGGGGAGGAAAAGGCGCUGAGGGAAUGCCAAGCGAAGCCGUGGGGCGAACACAACUGCAACCACAUUGAGGACGCCAGCGUUGAGUGCUCAGAUUCCAUCGUGGCCACCUUGGGCACCCUCCAGUUGGUCAACGGCCUCGACCGCUGCGCCGGGAGGGUGGAGGUGCUGCACGAGCACAUGUGGGGCACGGUGUGCGACGACGGAUGGGAUCUGCUGGAUGCGGCCGUGGUGUGCCGGCAGCUCGGCUGCGGCACGGCGCUGGCGGCCACCCAUGGGGCUCACUUUGGAAGGGGCCACGAUCCCAUCUGGUUGGAUGAGGUCAACUGCACCGGUACCGAGGCCGCGCUCGUCGACUGCCAGGCCAGCAUGUGGGGCAACAACAACUGCUUCCAUGGGGAGGAUGCUGGUGUGGUGUGUUCAGAUUCGGCGCUGUCGGCAGCCACGGCGCCGCGCUUGGCCGACGGCUUGACGCGGUGCGACGGCAGAGUGGAGGUGCCCCACCUCGGCUCCUGGGCCACCCUGUGUGACCAAGACUGGGGUCUGGCGGAGACCCGGGUGCUGUGCAGGCAGCUGGGCUGCGGGACGGCGCUGGUGGCCCCCGCCAGGUCCCGUUCCGGCCACGGAGCUGGCCCCACGUGGCCCAACCGCGUGAGCUGCGUGGGCACCGAGAGCACCCUCUCCAUGUGCAAGGUGCAGGCCUGGGGCAAUGGCUCUUGUCCCCAUGGCCAUGAAGCUGUUGUGGCGUGUUCAGGCAACUCGGAGGGUGACCAGGUCCGCUUGGUGAACUACGGCAGCCGCUGCGCCGGCAGGGUCGAGAUCUACCACAACCAGCAAUGGGGCACCGUGUGCGACGACAACUGGGACCUGGUGGACGCCGACGUCGUGUGCCGGCAGCUGGACUGCGGCCGAGCGCUCUCGGCCCCUGGCAGAGGCCAAUUUGGCCGCGGGGACGGCAUCAUCUGGAUGGAUGAGACCAAUUGCACCGGCACCGAGAGCGCCUUGUCCUCCUGCCCGGCCCGGCCAUGGGGGACCGGUAACUGCUACCAUGGCGAAGAUGCUGGUGUGGUUUGCUCCGAUUCCCUCAUCCCGGAGCCGGCUCCCAUCCGCCUGGCCAACGCCUCGCGUCCCUGCGCCGGCAGAGUGGAGGUGCUCCAUGGGGAGCACUGGGGAGCCGUCUGCAAGCAGGGCUGGGACCAACGGGACGCCGAGGUGGCGUGCCGGGAGCUGGGGUGCGGGACGGCGCUGCCGGCCUCCGAGGGAGCGGAUUUCGGCACCGGGGCCUUGCCGGUGAGCCUGGAGAACGUGAGGUGCCAGGGCACGGAGCAGAGCCUCAGGGAAUGCCCGGCGGGACGCGGGAGCUGCGAGCACGGGGAGCGCGCCGGCGUGGUGUGCUCCGGCUCCAUCGUAUCCAGCUUCGCUCCGGUCCGGUUGGUGAACGGCUCCGGCCACUGCUCGGGCAGGGUCGAGGUGUUCCACGCUGGGCAAUGGGGCACGGUGUGCGACGACGGCUGGGACCUCCUGGACGCCAAGGUCCUGUGCCGGCAGCUGGGUUGCGGCACCGCGGUGCUGGCCCCACACCGCGCUCACUACGGCCAGGGCCAGGGGCCCAUCUGGUUGGACGCCGUGCGCUGCGCCGGCACCGAGGCGGCCCUGGCCGAGUGCAGGUCCAAGGGAUGGGGCACCCAUGGGUGCGAGCAUGGGGAGGAUGCCGGCGUCAUCUGCUCGGGCUCGGGCAUCUCGGACCUCGGAAGCCUCCGCUUGGUGAACGGCUCCGACGCGUGCUCCGGAAGGGUGGAAGUGUUCCACGAGCAGCGUUGGGGUGGGAUCUGCUCCGAGGGCUGGGACCUGGCCGAAGCCCACGUGGUGUGCGGGCAGCUGGGCUGCGGGACGGCGCGCGCGGCACCGGCGUCGCCCCGGUUCGGGAUGGGAGACGGCUUCCUCUGGGUGGACGCUGCCGAAUGCGCCGGCACCGAGGGAGCCCUCUUGGAAUGCCGCCUGAAGCUGUGGGGUGAGGAGAGCUGCAGGUCCAAGGCCCACGCCGCCGUCGUGUGCUCCGCAGCUGUAGACAUCGACCCAAGGAGCUCGGGAGCCCUGCGCUUGGUGAACGGUCCCCACCGCUGCGCCGGGAGGGUGGAAGUGUUCCAUAGCCAUCAAUGGGGCACCGUCUGCGACGACGGAUGGGACCUGCUGGAUGCGGCCGUGGUGUGCAGGCAGCUGGGUUGUGGGGCAGCCCUGUCGGCCCCGGGGCUCUCCGGCUUCGGGCAAGGAUCCGGCCCCAUUUGGUUGGAUGGGGUGAGCUGCCUUGGGACCGAAGGCACCAUCGCCGAAUGCCCGGGCAAGCCAUGGGGACAACACGCGUGUAACCACGUGGAAGAUGCCAGCGUCGUGUGUGCAGGCUCCGGCAUCGCCAGCAGCCCCCGGCUCCGCCUGGUGGGAGGUUUGAGUGAGUGCUCGGGCAGGGUCGAGGUGUUUUACGCCAACAAAUGGGGCACGAUCUGCGAUGACAACUGGGACGUGCAGGAUGCGGCCGUCGUGUGCAGGGCGCUGGGCUGCGGCGCUGCGGCGCUGGCCCCCGGCUCCGCUCGCUUCGGAUGGGGAACCGGCCCCAUCUGGUUGGACAACGUGAACUGCACCGGGCAGGAGACCGACUUCUUCCAGUGCUCGGCCAAGAUGUGGGGCAUCCACAACUGCCACCAUGGGGAGGACGCUGGUGUGGUGUGCGCAGGGAACUCCAGCUCGGCCGCCCUGCGCCUCAUGGACGGCCCCCACGGCUGCGCCGGGAGGGUCGAGGUGCUCCACGAAGGCCGAUGGGGGACGGUGUGCGACGACGGCUGGGACCUGACGGACGCGGCGGUCGUUUGCCACCAGCUGGGCUGCGGCGGGGCCGAAGCGGCCCCGCUCCAGGCCCGCUUCAAGCAAGGCACCGGGCCCAUCUGGUUGGACGACGUGGCCUGCGCCGGCAGCGAGGAGGAGCUCGCCCAGUGCCACGCCAGGCCCUGGGGGCAGAACAACUGCCACCAUGGCGAGGACGCUGGGGUGGUGUGUUCAGGCUCCAGCUCCCCCAACGCCUCCUCCGUACGGCUGACGGACGGCCCCCACCGCUGCGCCGGGCGGGUCGAGGUGCUCCACGCGGGCCAAUGGGGGACCGUGUGCGACGACGCCUGGGACCUGAGCGACGCCGACGUCGUUUGCCGGCAGCUGGGAUGCGGAAGGGCCCGGGAAGCCCCCGGCCGCGCUCGCUUCGGCCAAGGCACCGGGCGCAUCUGGUUGGACGACGUGGGCUGCACCGGCGACGAGGACGCGCUCGCCCAGUGCCAAAGCCACCCCUGGGGACGCAGUAACUGCCACCACGGCGAGGAUGCGGGCGUCGUGUGCUCAGACGCCAACCUCACGGCCAUGGCGCGGAUCCGCUUGGCCGACGGCCCCAACCGCUGCGCCGGGCGGGUGGAGGUGGAGCACGAGCAUCAAUGGGGCACGAUCUGCGACGACGGCUGGGACCUGAAUGAUGCCAAAGUGAUCUGCAGGCAGCUGGGCUGCGGCGCGGCCGUGGCGGCACCGGGACACGCUCGCUUCGGUGCCGGGGGGGAUCCCAUCUGGUUGGAUAACGUGGAGUGCGCCGGCACGGAGAGCGCCUUCAGCCAAUGCGACCAUGGGAUCUGGGGGCUCCAUAACUGCAACCACAAUGAGGAUGCCGGAGUCGUGUGCUCAGGCCCCAACCCCUUGCAGCUGCGGGUGCAGGACGGCGCCGGGCCCUGCGCGGGGCGGCUGGAGGUGCUCUACAACGGGACCUGGCUCGGGGUGUGUGGCACCGGCUGGAGCCUGCUGGAGGCCGCCGUGGCCUGCAGGCAGCUGGGCUGCGGGGCGGCGCAGGCAGCACCCAUGGGUGCCCCUCUGGACCGGGAGCACCACCGGGUGCUGCUGGAGGGGCUGAGCUGCCACGGCACCGAGUCGCUGCUCCUCGAGUGCCAACAGAGCCACACGGGGCCGGGCCUGUGCCCAAUGGGCUCGGUGGCCACCGUGGUGUGCACAGAGCCCAAGGGCGCUCCCUCAUCCUGCUCGGCGCUGAUCGCGCUGCUGGUGCUGGUGAUGCUGCUCAGCGGGGUCCUGCUCUGGCUCUUCCUCAAGAGAAGAUGCAUUGCAGCAGCCCAGGCUGGAGCCCACCAGCGCCUUCGGGACCAGGAUGCUCCAUCCACCUCCUUCCAAGCCAUGGGGGCCAUCUACCUGCCCAGCACAGCAGAGGGCCCUGAGGAGGACACGGAAAUGAUGCAGCUCAUGGAGGAAGAUGCUGCCCAAUGAUGCUCAAUACCCUAAGGG